AGCUGUCAGUGUCAGAUAUUCGUCAGUUGUAGGAGGAACAAUAAAUAAUUGUUUUUAUUGCGAAUUAGAAAAGUUUUUGUUAAAAUAAAAUGCUGAUUCAAAUUGAGAGUGAUUUAAAAUAACUUAUAUUGUUAAACGGUACCUUUAACAUGUCUGAACAUCAAUUGGAGGGGCAAGAAACAGAUUUGUUGUCAAAUGAUUCUGAAAAUGAGUGUUCCCAGAGUGUGUGCUCUGAUACCCAUAGUGAUAAUACAUCUGCAUCUGGAUUAACUGAUAAGAGCACCCUUUCUGAAUCUACAAUACAUGCCUUAUCAGGUGGUAGCGAUGGAGAUAAUUCAGCCAGUCAUUCAGCUAUUUCUCCAGGACCUGAUUCAAAACAAAGUUUCACCACUGUUGUGAACAGAGGCAUUGUUUUACCAUGGGGUGCUCAAAAAGAGAGAAGUAGUGCAGGACAUCAUUUAGAAAUGGAUUUGAGACCGGGGGAAUUUGUUAUGAGAAAUUUAUUUGCUGAUUUCACUCUUAUUGCUGAGAAAAAGAUUGAAUUAGUGAUGACUGAACCACAAGAAAAACCUCUAUCAAAAUCUUUACAAAGAGGAGAAGACCCACAAUUUGAUCAAUUACUUAGUGCCUUUGGAUCAGUAGCAGAGCAUUGCUUACCUUCUCUCCUUAGAGCAUUAUUUUCUUGGUAUGAACGUCAAAUGUCAGAAGUUUCCAAUCCUGAGCAGAAGAAAUCAGAUAUCAAACAGAAAAGUAUAAUAAAUAUAGUAGCUGGAAAUACUACUGAAACUGUAGAAAGAUCUGAAGCUGAUAUUCAGAAGGAAAAAAGGGACCUUGCCGUUGAAUUUAUUUUUUGUUUGGUGUUAAUAGAGGUUUUGAAACAGAUGGGAUUACAUCCAGGUCACGAAGAUUUGGUCCAAUAUAUUGAAAAUUUAGCUUUGAAACAUUUUAAACAUCAUGAAGGUAUCCAAAAUAGCCCCAACAGUGCCAACAUUCACAUGAUAUCGGAUUUGUAUGCGGAAGUGAUUGGAGUUUUAGCCCAAUCCCGUUUUAUGUCGGUCAGAACGAGGUUUAUGGCCGAAUUAAAAGAUCUCAGAUCCAGAGAAUCCAGUCCCAAUACUACGCAGAGCAUAAUCAGUUUACUUAUGGGCAUGAAAUUUUUCCGUGUCAAGAUGGUACCCAUCGAAGAAUUUGAAGCUUCUUUUCAGUUCAUGCAAGAGUGUGCUCAGUAUUUUUUGGAAGUUAAAGAUAAGGAUAUAAAACAUGCUCUGGCUGGUUUGUUCGUCGAAAUUUUGGUACCUGUUGCUGCAGCAGUAAAAAACGAAGUAAAUGUACCUUGCCUAAAAAACUUUGUAGAAAUGCUCUAUUCCCAAACUUUAGAUGCAAGCACAAAAUCUAAACAUCGUUUAGCGCUUUUCCCAUUAGUAACUUGUCUACUGUGUGUAAGCCAGAAGCAAUUUUUUCUUCAAAACUGGCACUAUUUCCUAGCCAUGUGUCUAUCACAUUUGAAAAAUCGUGAUCCGAAAAUGUGCCGGGUCGCUUUAGAAUCACUGUAUCGUCUCUUGUGGGUAUACAUGAUAAGAAUAAAAUGCGAAAGCAACUCGGCUACUCAAUCCAGACUCCAGAGCAUUGUAAACUCAUUAUUUCCGAAAGGUUCCAAAGGUGUUGUCCCUAGAGACACGCCUCUAAACAUAUUUGUAAAAAUAAUCCAAUUCAUAGCUCAAGAACGAUUAGAUUUUGCCAUGCGCGAGAUAGUAUUUGAUCUACUCUCAGUAGCACGUCCUUUUAAGGUUAUUUUAACACCAGAACGAAUGAGCAUCGGUCUUAGAGCCUUUCUAGUUGUAGCAGAUAGUCUACAACAAAAAGAGGGCGAUCCUCCCAUGCCUAGGUCUGUUGGAGUUUUACCUAGUGGAAAUACCUUAAGAGUUCGCAAGACGUUUUUAAAUAAAAUGUUGACUGAAGAUACAGCCAGGAGUAUAGGAAUGAACGCCUAUUUCCCACAUGUAAGAAGAGUGUUUGUGGAUAUACUGAGAGCUCUGGAUACCCAAUAUGGCCGACCUCUAAUGAUGACCAACACGCAAAACGUCAAUAAAGAACCCGACGAAAUGAUUACAGGCGAAAGAAAACCUAGGAUAGAACUUUUUAGGACCUGCGUAGCUGCCGUUCCAAGGCUCAUUCCCGACGGUAUGACCAGUGCCGAAUUAGUUGAUCUACUAAGUCGCCUUACUGUUCACAUGGAUGAAGAAUUACGAGGCUUAUCAUACUGCAGUUUACAGAGUUUAGUUGUGGACUUUCCAGAUUGGAGGCAGGACGUGCUUUGGGGUUUGACUCAGUUCGUUGCUAAAGAAAUUUUGGAUACGUUUCCGCAGUUGAUGGAUCAUGGGUUGAAGAUGAUUUUAACGCUGUUGUGUGCUUGGAAAUCUGCUGUUACUGGGAUUGGCAUAAGCACAUUUUCAUCAGCUACUCUUAAAAGUAAGGAAUAUAAUGAACUUAAAGCCGGUCCGCCUGACCCUAACCUUACAAAACGGACAGACAUCAGCAAAUCAGAACCACUAGCGUCCGUCCUACAUUUAGUAGAGGCUCUAGCAUUGGUUAUGCUAUGUACUUACCGAUUGACGACCAGAAGAUUAUCCGUUCUCAUCUUAAAAGAAGUCAAAAGCCUUUUAAAAACUCUAAAUUGUUCAGAACAUCCACCCGUUAUCGAUAUUGUGGAUCAAUACUGUCCACAAGUGAUUGAAAAAUGUUUACCGCUACUUCCACCUGCAGAAAAAACGGCCGUUCAAGGGGUCGGAACAAUAGAUUUACAAUGGUUGGCAGAUAGAAGUUCUUCGGUUUGGACUGCUGGGUUGUUUGAAGACGGAUCUAUAAAAAAUGCUGCUAAUUACAAUUUUACUGUAGUAGAUCCCUGGAGUGUAUGCUAUUUCGGAUUUUUAGAAAGAGAUAGAUUAUUUAGUUUGUGUACUUUAAUGGCGAUGCACUCAUGGCCUAUCGUUUACACUAGGUUGAAUGCUCUGUACUCUGUUGUUGAUCCUACUCCUUUAAACGAUAACAGAGCUUCGUUAUUAAGAAGUGCUACUGCUGUGAAAAAACCACCUACAGAACGAGACGCUUAUAUGCAUUUAUGGAAAAAUUAUAUAACUUUUGCGUUUAGGGUUGUUCCACUCAUAUCAAAUCCGAUUGUUAGAUGUGCUAGCCCAGAUCUUAGUUUAAGUUCGUCUCCUGAUAGUUUGAAUGCUGAAAAAAGUGAUAGUAAACUACCAGCUACAAAUAUUUCACCUGUAUCUUUGUACAAAUUGAUAGUUCCACAUUUGAGAUGCGAGGUUACAGACAUAAGAGAUGCUGCAGUUUAUGCUUUAGGAAAUAUAAACGGGUCGGCCCUCAGAGAUUUAUUUGAAGAACUUACAGUCUACGUUCGAGAGGCUGUCGAUAAAAAGCAAGAAAAUGUCAGACGGAGGCGCAGAAGAGAUGCGCUAAGACUGCAACUGACAAGAUUAUUAGAAUUUGUAGCUGACAAUGGAACGUUUGGAAUAAGCGCUUGCGUAUUAGAUAGAGAUUCGCAAUCUCUGCUUCCCGUUUUAGUUGAAUUCAUAGAUGGCGUUAGAUAUUAUCUCGAAAACGAACCUGAUAAAAAUUCUACCACCGUUAGAGAUCUGACGAUGAAUUUUUGCUAUUUUAUUAGAAAAAUGAUCAAGAAUUUCACUUUGGAUGCUUGCAGGAGCCUACUGAAACGAGACUUGAGAUGUAAUUUGUUUACCCUGUUUGGAAAUUGGGCUGGAAAAUAUGGGUUUCCCAUUGGAAAAACUAGCGUGGAAGGUGAUAUGAACAAUAAAAAACACAUUGAACUGCAGCUUGUAGCGUUGCAAGCAAUGAGUUCGCUGUUAUGUUGUGGACCAUGUUUCGAUUCACUUACAGAGGAGAGUUCUUAUUAUUUGUGGAUUGACGGAUUGUUGAAUAGUACUGAUGAAAAGGUAUACAGUUUAGCUCAAGAAACUGUAGUGUUACUACUCGAAUCGAACCCAGAUGUAUCCCCUCUAUUAGAUUGGGUAGUAGAUAAAUGUUAUACGGGCGCUUCGAAAGUAGCAGACAGCUGUUUCAUUGCCUUAGCGACCAUCUUCAGCGCAAGGGAAUAUCCGUGUGAUCAUUAUACCGCAAUCAUCAAUGUGACCUUGAUGAAUACAGGAUGUCCCAGGCAGGUAGUUAGAGAUACUGCUUUGCAAUUGCUGCAGUUAUUGGAUAAACGAUUUUUCGGCUGUGUAGGACCAUUGGCUGAAAAUGAUCUUGCUGAAGGGGACAAAGGAAGAAGUACGUUAGAUGCCAUCCUAGCCACAACUUACUGUAGAUCUCAAAUCCACCUAUCUCGUCAAUUGUCGUUACUUCAUCCCGAACUUACCAUGCCGAUGUUUUCUGAAAUAACAUACAGAUUUCAAACUGCAAGACCUGAAGUUAGACAAUUAUUACUGCAAUAUUUAUUACCUUGGUUACAUAAUAUGGAGUUAGUAGACCCAAAUAUUCCUCACAUCAAUAAUACGCACAAUAUAUAUCAGUUUUACGCCAAUGAAAUGGGUUCUGAACGAAAGGAAGGCUGGGGAUCUGCCGAAGCUACUGAAAUGGUUUUAAACAAUAUUUUUUACAUUACAGCAAAGUUUGGUGACAAUCAUUCAAAAGAAAUUGAAGAAGUUUGGGCAACACUUUGUACAUCAUGGCCGAAUAAUAUGAAAGUAAUCAUCAGAUAUCUGAUAAUAGUAUCAGGAAUGGCGCCAUGCGAGCUUCUACCUUUUGCCAAAAGGGUGGUACUGUACUUAGCAAGGGUGCAAUCUGUACGAUUACUUGACGAAAUGAUGGUGGAAUUACAAACAGUAGAAACGUUGAACUGUCUAAUUGAAAGGACGGAAACUCCACCUUUCUAUAGAUUAACUGUCAUGAGAAAAACUUCCAGUCAUUCCGACGGUACCAACGGCGUUGCAGGUCAGACUGAUUCUAGUAGCCGAAACGAUUUAAGCAUUGAAAAAGGCACGAUACACACUAAACGGCACAGUGGCGAAGAUCCGUCAAAAACGUCUGUCGCAAAAUCUGAUUCUGGAACAAAUCUGUUUUCCGAUUUCCAAAUGACGCGUCCAGAUAAGCAAAAGGACGAGCUGAUAGGAUCUCUGGAAGAGGUGGCCAUUGAAGAAGACGUCUUACUUAGAGAUAAGAUAAAUAUGUCUUUACCGCAACCACAUCCAUUGCCAAUGCCAGAAUUUGGAGGUUAUUUUGCACCAUUGACCGAAUAUUUGCCAGACAGUUCUCAACCAAUUUCUGGAUUUCACAGAUGUAACGUUGGCGUAAUGUUACUUUGUGACAUCGUUGUCGACGGCAUAGAACUCGAUUGGACGAUCCACGUGCCAUUAAUGCUUCAUAUAUUAUUCUUGGGUUUGGACCAUACACGCCCGUUGGUCUAUCAGCAUUGCAAACAGCUUUUGCUCAACUUAUUGAUCGUACUGGCGCUACAUAACGAUCAUUUAAUCGUCGCUCAUAUAUUGCUCAACAGCAAAACUAAGCAGUUAGAGUUGGGUUUGAGUACUCCAACUUUAUCGACAGUAGUUGAACACAUUUUUACAGAAUCUAAUCCGACUUUAAACGAAUUUUUAUUGAACCAUUUCGGAUCUAAUGCUACCGUAGAAGCCGCAAAUAAGGCGAUAAUGCAAGCCAUACCGGCAGCUAAGACUGAAGAAACUGUCGAGGAAAAAGAACCCGUUAUUCCUCAAGUCGUAGUGGUACCCGAAAACGCCGAACCUCCGCCAACAACAAAAAUAGAACUAACAGUUUCCGUUAUAAUAAAAUCUCUUAUACAAUUUCUUGCCACCCGUCAAAAUUCUCCACUUUGGAAUUACGAAGACAUCACAGCCAAAGUGUGGUCUAUAAAAAGUUUCGAACAGAUCGACAUAUUCAUGCAGUACAUUCUUAAAGUUUUUAAAGAAUCUUUACCGAACGCGCAUGUCAACGAAAGGUGGGCUCAAACGGCGUUACAAUUGGGUUUAAGCUGCUCUUCGAGACAUUACGCCGGCAGGUCUUUGCAAAUUUUUAGGGCUUUAAGGGUUCCAAUAACAUCGAGAAUGUUAUCAGACAUUUUGAGUCGGUUGGUCGAAACUGUAGCUGAACAAGGAGAAGAUAUGCAAGGUUAUGUAACUGAGCUUCUUCUUACGCUAGAAGCGGCGGUAGAGUCUCUAGAAUCAGAUUUCCGACCUCUCGAUUUUAUGAAAGAUUUCUUUAAAUCUACGCCGAAUCUUAAUAACAAAGAUGCGAAUCGAAAAAAUGCGGAAGGUUCGCCUAUAAACUUGGCAGGGACUCCGGUUUUCUAUUCUCCGAUCAUAGGACACGCCAGGAGUACAAGUUACUCGGUUUCCUACGGUUUCAGAAAGAACGCGCAGUCUACGACUGAUGUUAAAGAACGAAAUCGACACGGCAGUGAAGUUGACCAUAGGAGCGCCAUUAACAAAUUUGCACCCAAUAAUCUAUCGAGAUCUAGGUCGGCGCAAAGUUUGAAAAUGUUGGGAGACUCGGCCACUCAGGACGACAAAUUGACGAUUUUGGCACAACUAUUCUGGCUGGCGGUGUCGCUUUUGGAGUCCGAUUACGAACACGAAUUUCUAUUGGCUAUUAGAUUGCUUGCUAGCGUCAUGCACAGAUUACCAUUGGACAGACCUGACGCUAGAGACAAGGUCGAGAAACUUCAGUCUCAGUUGAGAUGGAAUUCGUUUCCUGGGGUACACGCCUUACUAUUAAAAGGUUGUACGCAUCCGAAUAUAUACGAACCGGUUGUAGCGCUGCUAUCUCAUUUUACGCCUUUAUUAAAUUUUGUGGUCGUCGAUCCGUCCCAGAGCAUAGCUUUUCCCAUGAACGUGAUUGCUUUACUUCCUUACAUGCUGUUGAAUUACGAAGAUGCCAAUGAACUUUGUAUCAGGGCUGCAGAUAAUAUUGCACAGGUGAGCCACGAGAAAAGUAAAAAGCUGGAAAAUCUGGGUACCGUAAUGAAUCUCUACAGCCGAAGAACAUUCAGUAAAGAAAGUUUCCAAUGGACAAAGUGCGUCGUGAAAUACUUACACGAUACAUACUCACACUUAAGCCUAAAUAUGCUAUCUUUCUUAAUAGAAAUCUUAGAAAAAGGACCCAGUACUCUACAGUUGCCAAUAUUGAACAUAAUUCACUGCAUUUUGCACUAUGUCGAUUUAGCUACGGCCGCAGCUCAGCCCGUAAACGCGGAUUUACUCAAAGCCAUAGUUAAAUACAUCGAAGGACCUAAUUGGAAGGAAGCGUUAAAAAUUUUAAAAUUGGUCGUUAGUAGAUCCAGCUCUCUGGUGGCACCGCCGAUAACCAUUCACUCCCAUUGGGAGAGUUCGCCGAUGCCGCAUCCUUCAUUCAACGAAGAUAAUAUCUUUACUAAAAAAGAGUUACCAGGAAGAACGAUGGAAUUUACUUUCGAUAUGUCCCAGACUCCUGUUAUAGGACGACGGUUUAUACAUAAAAACGAAGAACCUGCAUCGUCAAAGACUGCUUCCACGCCAAGGAGGUCUUGCUCGAUAAGUCCUGCAGAUACUUCACCGCAAUCAGGAUGGAAACGGCCUUGGAUGUGUCAGGGUAGAGUUCGAGAAUGCCUGGUCAACCUUUUGACCACCUGUGGACAACGAGUGGGUCUACCCAAGAGUCCAUCAGUCAUAUUCAGUCAAACUUCGGAUAUCAUCGAACGGCAAUCCAGCAUGGCAUCUAGUACCGAAGAAGUAUCUGCUGGUAAUAAUGACAUGAGCGGUGGUUCAAGACGCGACGAAGCUGCAACCGAGUUUGGCGUCUUUAAAGAUUUUGAUUUCUUGGAAUACGAAAGCGAAAGUAUUGAGGGCGAGAGCACGGAUAACUUCAACUGGGGUGUAAGGCGACGGCCGUUGAGUCAAGGAGAGGACGAUCAAGUGAAUUUAAAGCAAUUGGAAGACAGUGUUAGUGAAAAAACGCCCGUACUAACAGUAAGAAAGGUACACGUCUGUCCUUUUGAUCAUAAUCGAUUGCUGACAGAAGAAUCAUCAGACGAUGAAGUUGGAUCGGAAUCUCCUUUAGAUGAAAUCGCUAUAGCUCCAGAAUUCGAUAACAGCAUGAUUGAUAAUAGCACCAUGUUUCCUCCUUCAUCUUUAGCUUUGAGGGAAAAUAAUUCUCAGGUUCAAUCUAGCGCUAGAUCAGACACCAGCGGUUCCAGUACAGGAGAUUUGGGAGAAGUGACGCCUUGCAACGCCUCUCCGAAUCUAUCAACUUUAUUGAACAUGAGACCCAUUUCCAAGAGCGAUGUUUUGGAUAAUUGGACAUCUUACAUUCAAUCAAACAUGCUACAGACACCGGCAAAUACUUUACAAUUUUUCCACCAAUUCCAAAGACUAGUUACGGAAAUUUGUUCUUCAGCCCUAGAAAUAACGAAGGAAUCGUGUUCGUAUAUGUCGCAGUCGUCCGUUAGCGGCCUACCGACCAUAAAAUUAAUCGGUUCGCGGCUGGUUUCAAUGGUAGAUUUCGUAAAUCAUCGAGUGCUGGUCACGAAUUUAAUUUGGUUCAACACAUCGGCCAUAAGCAACUCUAGGUUCAUCGAAACGUUAAAAUACGGCAUGUUGGAAGUACAAGAACAUUUGGAAACGUUCUGUGAUAAGAAGGAACAAGCUAGCAUGUAUUGUGAUGCUGUUAAAACAACGUUGAAAUUGGAGCGAUUGAGCGGUCAACAAAGUGGCGAUUUUCAUCACGAACAAUAUUUACUAGAUCUUGGAAAAGCUCUUUACAAACUCUAUUUUCAAUUGCUGCUUUUGAUAGAAGCUGGAAAUAAAAUGGUAUCAACUUUACACGGUAGCCUCAAGAGUGCGGAAUUUAAGGAUGUAACUGGGGAUAUAAUGUUGAUCCGAAACGCCCUUACAAGAGCCUACGAAGACACGGACGCCGACGGUGGAAUCUCUUCGACUAUAGCCGGCAGCGUUAGUUCCGAAAAUUUGUUGUUCAACUUGUGCAGACUUAUAGAAAAUGAAAAAUGGACGUCUGUCAUUUUGUACUUCAAGUGCAACAAGAACGAAUUCAUCAAAGAAUUCGAUGAUUUAUGUGAUAGGGAUAAUGACGUUUUAUCUAUAUUAAAUAUUUAUUGCAAGAAGCUGGUGCAUGACAAACCUGAGUAUUUUGUGAUAUUCAAUCAGGAGCCAGAUCUGGCGGACGUUUUUGGAAGACUGUUUCAAGUAUCAGCGGCCGUUUCUGAUCUGGAGGGCAUCCUUAAAGAUCAGCCUAGUAAAUCGACUGAAACACCUACUAAAUAAUUAUAUACAAGGUGUUUUAAUAAAGUAAAGUAAAUUGUCGCAAUAAUUUAAGAUAAAAAUCAAAAAUGUCCUUCUUUCAUUUUCAAUUAUUUGAUUUUAAUGGAUAUAUUUCAUAAAUGAAAUGUAAUUUUUUUCUAAAAAGUAAUAAUCAAAUUAGAUCGCUUUUACUUCAUUUACCAAACACUGAGUCAAUUCUACAGUAAUGUAUCUUAUAUUAUUGUUAAAAACCUGAUAAAACGCCAAUAUUUGUGUUGUAUAGUUCUUAUUUGAACGAAUUUGAUUUAUCUUUAUGAAAGAGAGCGAAGUAUUCCAUAAUUUUUUGAGUAUAAAUGACAUAAAAAAAUCUUGUUAUGUUCCUGGUAUUUUAUGUUGACAUACG